GUAGUUUGCACGUGGUGACUCAACGUCCGAGUCAAGACAGAACUAACCGAUAUUCUUCCCUUUCCUCUCUUUCCUUCUUUCCUUCCUUCCUUCAUCUUCUUUUAGAUUCUUCUCUUCUCUUCUUUCUACCAAAAAUAUUGCUAAACAGUUAAAUAUACAAAUUUCACACACACGGAGAGCUAAUUUUUUCAGAUUCUAGGGUUUUGUUUUCUCGAUUUCUUCAAUUUAAGAGAGAGAAUGGAGGGAGCGAGCAAUGGAGGGAUGUUGUACCACGAGGUACAAGAGUCGAAACUGUGCGCCGUGCAUUGCGUCAACACGGUGCUUCAGGGACCUUUCUUCUCCGAAUUCGAUUUGGCCGCGCUCGCCUCCGAUCUCGAUCGCAAGGAGCGCCAGAUGAUGAUGCUCGAGCUCGAAGGAGGUGGAGGAGGAGGAGGAGGAGGCGGCGGCGGCGGCGGCGGUGGAGGUGGUGUCGCCUCCGGAGACUUCCUCUCCGUCGAGUCCCACAACGUCUCCUUGGAUGGUGAUUUCAGUAUCCAGGUGCUACAAAAGGCUUUAGAGGUAUGGGAUUUGCAAGUCAUACCCCUUGAUUCUCCAAUUGCGGAGCAUGCCCAAGUUGACCCUGAGCUGGAAAAUGCAUUUAUCUGUCACUUGCAAGACCAUUGGUUCUGUAUCAGGAAAGUGAAUGGGGAAUGGUAUAACUUUGACAGUCUCUAUGCAGCCCCCCAGCACCUUUCCAAAUUUUACCUUUCAGCCUAUCUUGACUCUCUUAAAACCUUCGGUUGGAGCAUUUUCCUGGUGAGGGGAAACUUUCCUAAGGAAUGUCCCAUCUCAUCCUCUGAAGCUUCAAAUGGUUACGGCCAGUGGCUAUCACCUGAAGAUGCUGAGAGAAUAACUAAAUCCUGCAACUCAACACAGGCUCCUCAGAGAAUCAAUCGGACUCAGCAUCAUUCUGAUACAUCUGCUUUGUCUGGGGAAGCAGAAAUGAUUUCUGAAGUGGAAGAUGCGGACUUGAAGGCUGCAAUAGCUGCCAGCCUGAUGGAUUCUUUCCCAGCCACUGCCAGUGUUGAAACCCCAGCCACUGCCAGUGCUGAAACCCCAGCCACUGCCAGUGUUGAAACCCCAGCCACUGCCAGUGUUGAAAACCCAGCCACUGCCAAUGCUGAAACCCCAACUGCUGCCAAUGCUGAAACCCCAGCCACUGCCAGUGUUGAAACCCUAACCCCUCAAAAUGAAAACCAGCGCAGUGAAGAAAAGAUUCAAUAAGAAGAAAUACUAUUUUUUAGAAUUUAUGUUCAGUUGUUGAGGACAAUAAUCCACGUUGGGUUUGAUGGUGCAACAACUCAAGUAUACGAGUGCUGCUAUAGACAAUUUUUUGCAGGAUUUUUUUCACAGCUUGUUGAGAUGUCAAGUUGCUAUUAAUUUUCAUAUGAGCUCACUAUUCACACCACUUUAAUGUCUACUAUUAGCAACUUGUCAUCAGUAGCUAUGAGAAAACAUGUGUCCAUAGACUUGUUGGUAUAUACAUUUUGGUUAUACCUUCUUUGUAUUUUUUUUUUUUUGGGAUAAAAGCUUGGUUAUACUUUGCUAGCUUUAAAUUGACAUUGUAAAAACAUAAGAAACCUCAUCUUGGCCAUUGGAUGAUUUUUGUUUCUUUCUAGAUUUUAGCUAUAUUGUUUUUC